AUGAAGAAAUCGAUUAUUAAUUUAAUUCCAAUAAAGAAUGUUUUAAAAGAAGUUUCAAGCAACAUGAUAUUGACAAUGCAUUUAUUCGGACGAAUGACAAUGAAGAAAUGCCUGAACAUUUAAAUGAUGCCAUAAUGUUGUGUCAACGUGAUUUUAUAAGUGAAUUACCGCCAAUUAAAUGGAAAUGUCGUGUACCUGUUGGUAAUGGAAAAUUAUGUGAAAGAAUGGAUAGAUACAAGUGUCCGUUUCAUGGUGUAAUUAUCGCACGAGAUGAGCAAGGGAUACCUUCAUAUGAAACUGACAGACUACAUGAACAAGAAAAUAAGAAUAUACGUGUGAA